CUGGUCGACUUCCGGCAGCUUUCGACAGAACACAAAUGUCAAACUCUGUUCGCUUCUCGCUCUUUUUCCGGGCAUCUUUGAUGUACAAGUGAACGCAUUUCACUGUGAACGUAAAUUAUUUUCGCUAUGGUUUUCGGAUCAAAGGUGAUCAAGGCCGGCGGAGCCGAGCCAGAUGCGUUCGAGAGUCAAAUUGGUCAGGCUAUCCUGGAGCUGGAAAUGAACUCGGACCUGAAGCCACAGUUACGUGAUCUCCACAUCACCCGGGCUCGUGAGGUCGAGUUCAAUAGCAAAAAGGCUAUUGUUAUUUACGUUCCGGUGCCGAAGCAGAAGGCCUUCCAAAAGGUGCAAACCCGUCUCGUUCGGGAGUUGGAGAAGAAAUUUUCCGGCAAGCACGUAGUGUUCAUCGGGGAGCGUCGCAUUUUGCCCAAGCCACAGCGCGGUCGUCGUGACCCCAACAAGCAGAAGCGUCCGCGUUCCCGCACCCUCACUGCCGUGUACGAUGCCAUCCUCGAGGAUUUGGUCUUCCCGGCUGAGGUUGUUGGAAAGCGAAUCCGUGUGAAACUGGAUGGAUCGCAGCUGAUCAAGGUGCAUCUGGACAAGAACCAGCAAACCACCAUUGAACACAAGGUCGACACAUUCACGUCGGUGUACAAGAAGCUGACUGGACGUGACGUAACGUUCGAGUUCCCGGAACCCUACCUGUAAACUAUUCUAAGCAGAGCAAUAGUUUCUACGAACCUAAUUAAGAGAGAGUACGCUAACAAAAAUCCGUUGCGGAGCGAAAGUGGAAGGGGAAGGACAGGAAAUGUGUGUGUAACAGCAUCCAUUGCUUGUGGUUAAUAAAUCUAAACAUUGAUAACAAAAA